CUGGAUCAAAACGACGUCUAGAGGACUUGGAGUAUCAGCGACCAGGCUUUCGCAUAUCAGGGGCACUCACUCUCGCCGUACAGGAGGCGAGUAAUCGUAUCCUUGCUAUCCCUCCUCCCUCUUUCCGCCUCCUCAUAAUACUAUUGUCGACCGUGAUUAACGCGGAAGCAGAUAAUUAAAUUUAACAAUUCCAAUCAGAAGGAAACAUGACGCUUAUCCGUUAAAUGUCGAUUAUCUGUUUAACAUCGAUUAAGCGAAACUAGAGCAAUUUGUGGUUGCGCGGAAGAAUUAUAUAUGUAUACUUUAUUGUUCUUGAAAAUUGUACAAUUUGUCACGUGACUAGAACACAAUUUUGUGAGAUGAUAUGUAUAGACUUUAUACGAGAUAUAUCAUGAUAAACAUUGCUAUUAAGAUAAAAAAUUCGAUAUAUUAGAUUCGAUAAAUUUAUUAUUUUCUAAUAACCUUUGAUCUUUUUAUCUGAAAUAUUCUUCUUAAAUAGUACUUGGAACACAGGUAAACGCUGGCGAGCUUGGUAAACGAGGGCACAAGUUGGAAUUUCUUGUUGCCGAAACUUAUGGUGAAGAAGAAACUAGCAUUUUAACUGUGGCAGAUUUGUGGAGGAAAAACGUUAGCGCUUACAUCGGUCCACAAGAAACUUGCAUUCACGAAGGCAGAAUGGCCGCUGCAUUUAACAUUCCAAUGAUAUCCUAUUUUUGCACACACCACGAAACAUCAAAUAAGAAAGAAUUUCCAACAUUUGUAAGAACGAGGCCACCCGAUACGCAAAUCUCAAAAUCCGUUGUUUCUGUUUUGUUGGCAUUCAACUGGACAAAAGUAACGUUCAUGUACAUGAAUUCAACAAUGUUUGAAUUUAAUAAAAUGUCCACAAUAGCGACGACAAUUCUUACGUCUUUCGAAGCGGCCGGAAUUAGCGUGACAUACCUUCGAUCUUGGAGCGAACCUUAUUAUGUAGAUACGCACAUGCAAAAUCCUUUUCACAAACACGUUAGAGAAACGUUUCGUAAAACUCGAAUUUACGUGAUUCUUGGGGAGUAUUUUGAGCAUAUUGGUCUCUUGAUGGCUCUGGACGAAAUGAAUCUUUUGACAAAAGGCGAAUAUUGGGUUGUCGGCGUCGACAUCGAACAAUAUGAUGAGAAGCGGCCGGACAAAUAUCUUCGCGGAUUAUGGCAGAAGGAGAUGGAUCUAUCAAUCGUGAAUGCGUAUCGCAGUUACUUCAGCAUCGUCGCGUCAGCUCCGAUCAAUUUUAUGAAUUUUACUCGGCUGGUUAAUAAAUACAGGCAGAAACCGCCGUUCAAUUUUACAAAUCCCUUGGCAAAAGUCGGAGGAAUAGUUCAGAUCGUACCGGAGACAGCGUACCUGUACGACGCGGUGCACCUUUACGAGAGAUCGCUGCUGCGUGCGCUCGACGAGAACCGGGACCCUCGGAACGGCCGGGAGAUGGUGUCGGCUCUACACGGUGUUCAUUAUCGAAGCGCAAUGGGCUAUAUGGUGUAUAUGGAUCAGAAUGGAGAUGCUGAGGGAAAUUACACGCUAAUUGCAUUAGAUGAUCGAUCUACAAGAGGUUAUGGACUUUAUCCAAUAGGCUAUUUCGUUGGAAAAGAGCAAGACACAAAUUUACCAACACUUCGCUUAACAAAAGAAAUAUCAUGGCUUUUUGGAGAUAAAGGACCACCAGUUGCAGAACCUUAUUGCGGAUACCACGGUGAAAAAUGUAAUUCUUACACCGGUGAAAUUGUGGGAGGUAUAGCCGGUGCAUUGCUGCUCAUUAUCGCAGCAGUCGUUCUGAUUCUUUAUAGAAACUGGAAGUAUGAGCAAGCAUUAGAUAGUUUGCUUUGGAAAGUAAAUUACAAAGACAUCCAGAUCAAGGAGCAGAAGGACGAAACGGUUGGAGCCAACGAGACGUCUGUCAAAUGCAAUUCCAAGCCACCGACAACGCAACCUAUAGUACGAACUAGUCAAGUAUCGCUAAGUUCAAAUCCCGAUGCUGACUUCCGAUAUUCCAUGAUUUACACACAAAUUGGAGUGUUUAAAGGACGUAUUUUUGCUGUUAAGAAAGUCAGGAAGAAAUCGAUUGAGAUUACGCGAGAAAUGAAAAAAGAAUUGAAAAUGAUGCGCGAUUUACGGCAUGAUAAUCUCAAUGCAUUCAUCGGUGCAUGUACCGAUCCACCUAAUAUAUGCAUCAUCGUCGAAUAUUGCGCACGUGGGAGUCUCAAGGAUAUACUGGAGAACGAAAAUAUUAAACUCGAUAACAUGUUUGUGGCUUCACUGGUUGGUGACAUUAUUAGAGGCAUGAUCUAUCUUCACGAGUCGGUCAUAAAAUAUCAUGGUUCUUUGAGCACAUCUAACUGUUUAGUGGAUUCGCGAUGGGUCGUAAAGCUGGCGGAUUUCGGUCUCCACGAAUUCAAGCGAGAUGCGGAAUACGAUCCUUCUGACGUCAUAAAAAAAUAUCACGGAUUGUUAUACAAAGCACCUGAACUAUUACGCUCUACUCGCUACCUCGAAAAACCGACUAUUCGGGACUUUCAAAGAGGUGACGUCUAUUCAUUUGGUAUAAUAUUAUACGAAAUACAAGGGAGACAUGGACCGUUUGGCAUUACGGAAUUAUCAGCAGCUGAAAUUUUGAAGAAAAUAAUUGCCAGAGAUUUGGGAACGCCGUUCAGACCACCAUUGGAUCAACUGGAGAACACGUUCGAUUUUGUCCGUGACUGUUUGCUGGAAUGUUGGGCGGAAAAUCCAGAAUUACGUUUGGAUUUUAAAAUGAUACGGAACAAAUUAAGACCAUUGAGAAAGGGCAUGAAAGCGAAUAUCUUCGACAAUAUGAUGGCGAUGAUGGAAAAAUAUGCGAAUAAUCUUGAAGCAUUGGUUGAUGAACGCACUGAUCAAUUGACCGAAGAGAAGAAGAAAACAGACGCACUAUUAUACGAAAUGCUCCCACGUUCUGUAGCCGAACAAUUAAAAAAAGGACAUAAAGUGGAAGCUGAAAGCUUUGAUUGCGUCACGAUAUAUUUUAGUGAUAUAGUCGGUUUCACGUCCAUGUCUGCGGAAAGCACACCGUUACAAGUGGUCAACUUUUUGAACGAUCUCUACACAACAUUCGAUUCAACGAUAGAAAAUUAUGACGUUUACAAAGUCGAAACGAUCGGAGAUGCUUACAUGGUGGUAAGUGGCCUGCCGAUAAGAAACGGAAUUGAACAUGCUUCUGAAAUAGCAAGCAUGUCAUUAUGUCUUUUGGAUGCCAUUAAACAGUUUACCAUUCGACACAGGCCACUUGACAAGCUACAGUUACGGAUAGGGAUACAUUCCGGCCCAGUAUGCGCUGGUGUUGUUGGAUCGAAAAUGCCACGAUAUUGCCUAUUCGGCGAUACAGUAAACACAGCAUCGCGCAUGGAGUCUACGGGGUUACCCCUCAAAAUUCACUGCAGCAGCGAGACGAAGCAACUACUGGACGAGCUAAAGGGAUUUACUCUUGUCGAGCGCGGUGUGAUUUCUAUAAAAGGCAAGGGCGAGCGUCUUACGUAUUGGCUAAUCGGUGAGGAUCUGAUUUUACGCAACAAGCGUAGCAAAACAAGAGCGAGCAAACGAAACGGCGAUAGCAAGAAGAUCAGCGUGGUCGAUCCUUUAGUUCCUCGAAGUUCCUUGAAGAACAAGUCUCUCGUCAGAUCCACUUUUACAAGAUGCUCCAGCGAGUCGCCGAAACGUUUGCGAUUCGCCAGCUCGGAUCAACUCGAUCAUAAGAGCUCCAGGGUGAAUAGCCAACUGGAAUCGAUAAUCGACAACAGUCCUUGUAAAACGAAAGCUUCGUGCGCGUUACGAUCGUCCUGCAUGGAGAGCUGGAGAUCCUCCAGUAACUCCUGUCCCUGCGUGGAAAAGCUCUGCGAUCAGGAAGCUCAGCCGGAACUGGUGGAACACGAACUGCCGUCGGAUAUUAAGAACGUGCCGUUGCUCCGAACCAACCUGAUCUUUGGCAAUGAGUCGUGUCUUCUGCGAGCUGGAGCCAAGAGCUAUCGCUUCGGCACACCCGGGAUACUUCAGAUCACUUGUAGAUCCGCGCCCAGCAGCCCUCGGCAUAGCACGACGGUGUUAAACGCCCAGAAAAGAGCGGCGCAGUCGAACGAGGAAAUCGAUGGAUGGGAUGCAAUAACGCCUUUGAUCUAUUAUCCAGAUAGUCGAUUGGAUUGAAAAGAUCAAGUCUGUGAUCGAGGCGAAUAAAAUCGAACAGAGAGAGAAAGAGAGAUAAAGAAUCAAUAUUUAGAAAGAUUUAAUCGCGUAUAGACAAAUAUCUGUAGGGAUACUUGACAAUCGAGAAUCUCUUGCAAACGACAUCUCGCUAGAUUUAUUUGUAUCGAUUAAUUGCCAAUAAUAACUUUGUGCCAGUUAGUAUUUUCUAACAAAAUUUCUUACUUGCGUCGUAUAUAUGACGUAUCAUUCAAAGAGAAUUGUGCAUAUGAUACAAACAAAAUAAUUUAUGCACGUAUGUGUAUCAAUGUAUUAUAUAUAUCUAAAGCAGAAACAACAAUACAUCAACAUAUAACGAUAGUAUAUCUCUUAUGUUAGCGUAGACAAUCGUAAAAGGCUCGUGCUUCUUAAAUAAAUGUCUAGUCAAUGUUACUUUAAGCACUAUAUAUAUUCUCAUAUUCUAUCAAAUAUUAAAGAAGGAAAGUUGAUGCUUAUAAGUAUUACACGUGAAUAUGUUUAUCCCAAAAGCAAAAAGAGAAGAAGAAAAGGACAAGGAUGCAAAAAUGUAUUAUUAAUAUUUCUAAAUAUUUUUAAAAACGUAGUUUAUUAAUAUAAUUAUUCUGUUUAAUAAAUACUAUAUUCACUUUUAGAGAAAAAUCUAUUCUCUUAUGCUAUGAAUUUUUUAAUGUUUCCCUUUAAGUUAUGUUUGUGUGUGAAAAACGUUAAAAUAAAAAUUUUCUCCACGCAUUAUAUUCAUCGAAAAUGAAAACUGAUAAAAAACAAUAUUUUAUUUUUACAAAAUUCAUUUUGUACACUACAUGGCUUUUAAUUUUUAUAUUGGUGACUUAUAUAACAACGCGUUAAAUAUACGCAAAACAAAAGAGAGUAGUACGUACUUCCAUUAUCUGGCUCCGAGAAAGGCAUUAUUAUAUAUUACAAUACACGACUUAAUUUACGUAGAUGUUUUAUGUAAAUGCAAUGGCUUCAAACAUAACUCGGUACACGCGAACGAAGCGUGAUAGAGCGCGGCAGCGAUAACGCAAAGAUUCAUUACGUUAUUAUUACUGAGGAAAUUAAUUAAACACGACUGGCGCAAGUCGACGCGAUUGCGUGUAUAUUUCUAUUCCCCUUUUAUCUUUCGCGUGAAACUGCCACUCGACAUUUUAAAAAACGGACAAAGUUGACGAAUCGCAUCGAAUAAAACAACAAUCGCGUGAAAGACAAUAGUCAUACUGAAAAAAAGGAAAAAAAAA